AUGCAGCGAGGGCGACCCCCUGCCAUUCAAACCUUACUGUGGUUGGCUACCACUGCACAUCGAUUUGCGGAUCACCUGACCGAACACUGUCCUAUCCAACCGAAUGCAUCGGCGCCUGAGCUCCCCCGCUCGUUCCGCCGCCUGUCCCUACCUGUCCGCCACCCCGACUCCCCCCAACCGCCCUUUACCAUACACGCCCGCCUCCACCCCUCCCUCCCAUCCACGACGCCCACAAUGCCGCCCUCCAUCGCCUUCUGCGCCUGCCCCCUUCCGCUCAAGCGCCCUCGUUCCGCACUUCUCUCCCACCCCCGCCGCACCCUCCCAUCAUGCGCCGUCUCACCGCCGGAUCCCUCUGCAAAGCCUUCCGCCUCCGAAGCCCUUUCCCGUAAGGUCCAGUCUAGCAUCCUAGCCGCGGAGCAAGGAUGUGAUAUGUACCCCUUGCACCUCACUCCUCUCCCAGUCCAACUCGACUUGCUCAAUUACCACGCCCGCGUAGCCUCACGUCGUCGCAACACCCGUGCAAGGGCCCGCAGGCUCUAUCGCAGAUGCGUCGACAUCAACUCUGCAGAUGGCCGCGCCUGGCUCGGCUUGGCAAAGCUUCAUCUUGCGGAAGGGGACGUCGCUAACGCAAGAAAGACUUUUCGAGGUGGCGUCAAUUCCUCCCGGAAGAACUCGCACUUGCUCCAGGCCUGGGGCGUUUUGGAAGAGAGAGAGGGCUUUGUCGAUCGCGCCAAGGGCUUUUAUGAGGCCGCGGUUAGGGCUAACCCGCAGCACACUCCAUCUUGGGUGGCGCUUGGCUUGUGGUACCGGAGGGUUCGGAAUGAUGUUGUCCACGCCAGGGAGAUGUUUCGCAAUGGAAUCGAAGCCGAUCCCACUAAUUACUACGUUUGGCAUGUUCUAGGCGUCCUUGAGAAGGACUGUCUUCAGUUUCCCGUUGCCCGGGAGUGCUUCCGACGCGGUGUAGCGGCCAACCCGAACAACGCUGCUACAUACGUCUUGUGGGGCUCCCUCGAAGACAGUUUGGGCAAUUUUGCCGUCGCGUUCGAGCUGUUUCAGAAGGCCCAUGUUGCCAACCCGAGGAACGCUCAUGCAUAUGUAUCACAUGCUGUGUGCGCGGAGCGUUCCGGCGACGUCGGAAAGGCCAUUUCGUUGUUGGAGACCGCCAUUGAGGUGCGCCCGAAUGACCCUGCACCUCGGCAGACUCUCGGUCUCGUUCACUUUCGGUCCGGCGAGGUUGAACAGGCGCGCGCGCAGUUUAAAGCCGCGUUACGCAUCGACGACAAACACGGCCCAACGUGGCAUGCGUGGGCGCGUGUGGAAUCCGCGCUUGGGCUUUUUGAACGGGCAAGAGAGCUGUAUCAAGAGGCUGUGUGGGCGGCCCCGGAGUCUAAGCAUGUCGUCAAGACAUGGCAUGCGUGGGCGUCGCUCGAGCUGGAGGAAGGGAACUGCAGGGUUGCGAGGAGGUACUUUGCGCACGGGUUGGAGGUUGAUUCGAAGUCUGUUCCCCUCUUAGAAGGGUUGGCCACCGUGGAGGCUAUGGAGGGCAAUAUGAUGCAGGCAAGGGAAUACUUUGAGACAUGUAUUCGUUUGCAACCAAGCGCAAAAGCGACAUGGCGGCUGUAUGAGGAUUUGGAGAGAGAGUACGGUUCGGCAAAACGGGCACAGCUUGUGUACGAACGAUUCGUUGUAACUUCGAAGCAAGUCGACGAGAGAUUGGUGGUUGGCAAGCCCCUACCAGGCGACUAUGCGGCCGGUGGCAUGUGGAUCGACGCACUUGAGCUCAAGCCCACGGUAAGCGCAUUUGACAGUGUUGGGAAUAUUGAUACGGACCAAGUUCCCUUCAUCAAGCCCUUCGGACGUGAGGGAGAUGAAGUCGAGAAGUCGAGCGAAGAGGAUGCAUCGUCCCCUGCGAUACAGAGCAAGGUUACUGUCAGCAGGCGCUCGACUGCGAAGAAGCACGGCCGUGCUUCAAUCCGUCCGAUUCCAUCUACUGAAAGCGAUGAUUUGCAAACAAUCGCGAGAAUGUUGCCAAAGCCGGUAUUUCCAGAAAACAUGCCAUUUAUUCAGACUAUGUUGAAUUGAAUGUAGAGUACAUGGUAGUUGGUAGAGUGGGGUUCGUGGAGGCAAUGAUCGCACAUUUUUUGCCUUUCCUCUGGCUGUGAUAGCAAGAAAGUUUUGAUGUGCAGUUUGGGCGUUUAUGUAUAAGAGAAAUAGCAAGCGCAGAUAGUGCCCGGUCGGUGGCUGGCGCGACUGUUAUAGCAGCAAAAUAUAUCUAUGGUUACCCAC